GUGCAAAUGAAGAACAUACCGUCUCCGAGUUGACUAAGCUGCCUUCUACUGCAGGGUGAAACAGAGAUGGCAGUGAGCUUUGAAGCCAUGAGAGAGCUGGCGGACGGUAGGAGUGGAGACGCCACAGGAGCUGGCGCCCCAUUUAGUGGAGGACAUUGGACGGGAGUGCUUGUGACACUGUUUUUGGACUUGAUCACUUUUGCGAUUUCUUUUUAUGAAACAGUUGUUGAGUACUAGAGAGGUCUUGUUUAUAUUGACUCCUCGACUUCAUCACUUUCGCAGUUCUUGAAAGGGGUUUUUGUUUUAGAAGGUAGUGCACUGCUAACUGAAUAAGACUUCAGGUUCAGUGAGUUUCUACCUGUGUACUAUUUUUCAAUUACAUUUCCAAGAAGGGAUCCAUCGAUCUUAGUACUUUUUCGCCAUCCCCUCGCCUAUCUUGUCCUCAGCUAUUUUCCUUGUAACGCGACAUCAUCUCUUGGAACCUUGUCUAAUCUUUCGUUAUUUUCCUCGUAACACGACGUCACCGAUGGGACGCGACUCCAGAUCUCAAGAAUGCAGGGACGAGUUCUGUGGGCCGUCCGACGACCCAGCAUGCUUUCUCAAGCAGCUUUAGAAGUACACGUGGGACUAGACAAACGAAAACGAGGCCAAGCUUCAAAGAUGAAGACUUUUAUACUUCACGUCCUCCACGAAGUCGCGGCUUGGAUGCGCCAGAACUGGAUCACUUGAUGCUCAGCUCUCGAUCGGGCGCGACGCCACUUAUGGGAAAGGGGUACUCAUAGACGCACGAGAAGGCAAGUGCAAGUAGGUGAGCAGGGGACUAGGACUAUAUCCUGGAGGUGGCUAGUAGAAAAGUAGGAGCCACACUAGUAUCUAGUACACACCUUAAAACAGGACAACGAGAGUGCACCGCAACUCUUAGGCACUAGUAGAAAAGACCAUUUGAACGAAGUUAGAUUGAGUAAAAAAAUCAUUUUCGUUUAAGUACUGGAAGAUUGUCAUUAGGAUUUGUUUUGAGAUUUUUCGUUUCAUAUUUCGUAUCGCACAUGUAGGAAAUACCAUUUGAGUCAGAUUUGAGUAGUUGUAGUAAAAUAGUUCUCGAUUACGAACUUUAGAGUUUGUCCUAAGAGUGUCAUUAGAAUUUGUCUUGAAGUUUUUCUUUCAUAUCUCGUACUGGAGGCGUGUCCUUUGGUGGACGUGACUCGAUUUCCGUAAACGAAUUACUGUUACAUCGUAAGCGGAGUGUGUCGCGUGAGCCUCGACUGGAGGGAUUGGAUCUUAGGGCUAAGGCUUGAGAAAAUCCACCUUUCCUAGUAUCUUGGCCCUAUGUUGGAGUAGUUUACAAGCUGUAAAAUACUAACAUGCUGAUCGAUCCUGCUCCUUUGAAGGGAAAAAGUAACCGAGAUGCUGGGCGAGAUGGACUUAGGUCUAAUAGGGGAACGUCAGAAGAUCAUAGGCGAACAGAGGAAAGGCGAGCGGCUCCUUUGCUAACAGAGGAGGAGCGAAUGACCUAUAAAAGCGAUCUGGAUGCAGCAAGCGAAACCUAUCCGAGAGUUACGGCGGGAGUGUCUCAAGUAGAGUAUAAAAAGCGCAUCACGCCACACGACAAGGCCCUCGCCUACUCUCAGUAUUGAAUAGAUCGUGUUGCAGUCCGUUAUCAGUAGCUAGAUCUCGUGCGCGUGCUUGAUAUGUUGUUGAAAAACCAUCAAGGCUUUCCAGUGGAUCAUGCCACUAGAUGAAGACAAGGCCCACGCACUAAAGUGGAACUUUCAAAGGGAGGCAUGGCAGACGAUGGAGAGGACUCCAGCGGCACCAGUGCAGAGAGUAAGCGGCUGGCUUUUUCGAAUCGCAGUAUCGUUAUGGGCAGUUUUUUACUCGAUCUACAUGAAAGGUAGUUGACGAGGUCGAGGUAGGUUGUUUUAGAGGGAUAUUGGAUAGAGGUAAAGCUUGGCACUGAAGUAGAAGAGGUGGAAUCGGAGUUAGGGCAUGGAUUCGAACGAGAAAUGGUGAAGGGUGAGUUUGGAUAUUUUCAAGCUAACAAACCAGUACAGACUGCGGAACAAAACUCCACUAGAUGAUACUACUUCUAUGAUAGAUUGUAGAGCUUCUUGUGACACAUGAUUGAGGUGGACACUAUUAGCAGAACCCUCUCGACUAAGGCUUGUGCAGCCACAUACUACGACGACAAUACAGCGAGCUAAUAUUGCCUACUAGGAGCGCAGGGCUUGAUCGCGUUGCUUGGUGUAGUAUGUGCCGCGUCUUAAUCAAGAUCGUUGGCAGUACUACGCGUCUACCUAAAUGUUACCGACCGUGAUUAGUCUAUACCCACCUAGUGACCGGUCCUAUUUUGAAAUAAUGUACUAGCGUGCCUUGCUUCUAAAGUGUCCAGUCCUCUGCUAUCCUAAUUCCAUCCUGAUAUGUGCCUAGACUUUUACUUAGUAGCGUGUACAGAAGAAAGUUCUUUUUCUUACCAACAUCAAGCGGCGUGCCUUCUUCUAAAUCCACACGCUCAGAAAUGUGGGAUGUAGUCGGAGCAGACACCGC